CCUCCUCCUCCUCCUCCUCGUGUAUAUAACAGCCGAGCGCGGGCAGCGGCUUCCAUCACACACGCACGGACUCACACGCACGAUGCCUCCGUUAGAAAAGCCUCAGCUGCAGAACAAACCGUUCAAACUGCGGAAGAGUUUCGCCACCAGGAGGCAGGAGGUGGCGGGAAUCAGAGCCAAGUUCCCCAAUAAGAUCCCGGUCAUCAUCGAGCGGUUCGACAGAGAGAAGUUUCUUCCUCCUCUGGAUAAAACCAAGUUCCUGGUUCCUCACGAGCUCAGCAUGACGCAGUUCAUCACCAUCAUCAGGAACAGGAUGGCUCUGCUGCCCACUCAGGCCUUCUACCUGCUGGUGAACAACAGUGGGCUGAGCAGCAUGUCCCUCACCAUGGCCCAGGUGUACAAGGACCACCAGGACGAGGACGGCUUCCUCUACAUGACCUACGCCUCGCAGGAGAUGUUCGGACGCUGACGGGCGGCUCCAGCUUUUAUUCUGUGAUGAAGGCUGCCGGCCUCAGAUCUGCUGUAAAUACCCAAAAGAUUUUAAUUUAUUGUAAAAUUACUGUUCAUGAUUGUUUGUAAUAUUUUAACUAAAGUA